AUGGGUAAGGGGCGACUUUGCACGCCCGGUUCCCCAGUGAUGAUCAAGACCCGGGCACCUGAAGUUAAGCCACGAUGCCACAGGUGCGGGGCCCGGAGGGGACGAGGGUAUCAGAGGGAGGCCGCUCGGACCAGACAACCGUUCACGCGGCCCCAGCUCGCACGCCGAGCUCCUCGGGGCCUCCGGGCUGUGCCCAGGCCUGAGGUGAAAGCCUCAGGGGGGAUUUUUCGCCUUCGCCUCGCAGGGGUGUGGAAGCACCUCAGGCACCGGACCCCCGCUCGUGGUUUGAACUUUAUUGAUUUGAUGGUGCGACAGGGGAAUAUCGACAACCCUCCUAAGACACCACUUGUUCCUGGCUUUGAAUGUUCUGGAAUUGUAGAAGCUCUUGGAGAUAGCGUGAAAGGAUUUGAGAUUGGAGACAGAGUCAUGGCUUUUGUAAACUACAAUGCAUGGGCUGAAGUAGUAUGUACCCCAGUAGAAUUUGUCUACAAGAUCCCAGAUGACAUGACUUUUUCUGAAGCUGCUGCGUUUCCCAUGAACUUUGUAACUGCCUACAUGAUGCUCUUUGAAGUUGCUAACCUAAGAGAAGGCAUGUCUGUGCUGGUUCACUCGGCAGGAGGUGGGGUGGGUCAAGCUGUUGCUCAGCUCUGUUCAACUAUUCCCAAUGUUACUGUUUUUGGAACAGCUUCAUCUUUCAAACAUGAAGCAAUCAAAGACUCAGUAACUCACCUGUUUGACAGAAAUGCAGACUAUGUUCAAGAAGUAAAAAGAAUCUCAACAGAUGGAGUAGAUAUUGUUUUGGACUGUCUUUGUGGAGAAAACACUGGGAAAGGCCUCAGUCUUCUCAAACCACUUGGGACGUACAUUUUAUAUGGCUCAUCUAACAUGGUUACUGGGGAGACAAAAAGCUUCUUCAGUUUUGCAAAAUCAUGGUGGCAGGUUGAGAAAGUAAAUCCCAUCAAGCUGUAUGAGGAGAACAAAGUCAUUGCUGGAUUUUCCCUGUUGAAUCUACUUUUCAAACAGAAUCGAGGUGGCCUGAUCAAGGUUGUGAUGGACAAACUCCUAAAUCUAUACAACAAUAAGAAGAUCAAGCCAGUGGUUGAUUCAUUAUGGGCUUUGGAAGAGGUGAAGGAGGCCAUGCAGAGAAUCCACGACCGAGGAAAUAUAGGAAAGCUAAUUCUGGAUGUGGAGAAAGCACCCACUCCCCUGAUGGCCAACGACAGCACAGAGACAAGUGAGGCCGGAGAAGAGGAAGAAGACCAUGAAGGGGACAACGAGAAUAAAGAGCGCAUGCCAUUCAUCCAGUAACAGCCAGAGAUGGUGGAAGCAGAAAGAUUGAUGAAGUAGAAGGGAACAAGACUGGGAAAUCUAUUCUGUGCAUCAGUGAACAAAUGCUGUAGUACAGUGUGUGUUGUAUUUGUCUGCAGUCAGCUGAGCUAUGAGCUGUUGAUCAUUGUUGUUUUGAACUCGAGUGCCAUUGUCAUCCAGUGCAGUAUUAUGACAUUCCUGUGUAAUACCCAAUUUCCCUGUAGGAGUCCCAUGGAUUUUUCUGUUGCGGUUUAAAAGCCUUAUUAACUUACUGUGUAAUUUUAGAUGGGCAUCUCUCUCAUGCAAAUUCCAACAUUUUGCAUAAAGUCAUUUGGGGGGUUUGGGCUUUUUUUUGCAAGUUGGAAACAGUAACAAAAAAAUUCCCCACUUGCUGUCUGGAAGAUUCUAGUAACGGAGGGAGGAUUUUAAGUUUGUGGAUUUUCAGUGUUAAAAUAGUUUUCCUUUUAUGAACCACAGAUAAAAGUUGCAAAAAAGAUGAGUUUUCAUUUUCCUCGGUCAUGCUUUAUGAUUUUAUAAGCAAUCCGAUCUUCAUUUUCAAAAAUACCUCAUUUAGAAUUGUGGAAUCUGAAAUUUUACAAGAAAUCAUUAAUUGAGAGACUUUGAUUAGUAUUGUAUAAUCACAUUAGUCAUCAGCACCAGUAAUUAAACACUUCAUUCAGAGUGCCAACUAUCAUGCUUUCCUGUUGAUCUGAGCUAUCACCUGUAUGUUACAGGCAAAGAAAAAGGUCAGCAAGCCACUCUUUGUAGACCUAGAACUUUAAUUGCCUGUAGCAGUUAGCAUUGUUAUUGACAGAUCAACAUCUUCUGCUAAGGACACAUUGACUCAUCUGUGUCCAAAAUCCAAAGCAAUUUUAAAUUUCAUUUUUAAAUUGUACCAGUAAGGAUCACUCAUCAGUAUGUGGAAAGAAAUUUGUUGACGGAGUUUCCUGCUCUGAAAUUGCUAAUGUGUUGAUCAGCUGGGGCUGAACUCCUACAGAAGUUAACCCUGUUAAAAAUGAGUUCUAGGCCUUAAUCCCAUCAGAAAUUAUACACAGGGAUAACUUUACUUAGGUGAGUAGUUCCAUCAAAAGCUCUGCUCCGUAUGUACAGUUACGUUUGUAAUUAUUUGCAGGAUCAAGUAUUCAAAGACCAGCUAGUCUUAUCUACCUCCCACUAGUGGACACUAUAUCUAAACAUGACAAAAGCAAGUAUUUUUUCCGUGUAUUUCAACCUGUCCAAGCAGCAGCUACUCAGGUCCUCAACUGUCUUGUUAAAACAAUUAUUUUAAAAUGACUGCAAUCACCUACAGUAGAAAUGCUAAAGGAAUGUCAGAGACCUUGUAUAACGCCAUGUAUCUUUGAACUAAUAUAUUGUUUUCAAAAGAAAGUAUUUCCCCAGGCAUGGCUAGUUGUUCACCUAAAUCUACAAGUAUCCUGUAAUGAUAGAAGUUAAAAACUGAUACAGAAAAGCAGAGAGGGAGGACUUCUCAGGCUUCAGUCAAUGUGACAGGACUUGUGCGUCUGGAUGACUUUUAUGUGUGGUUUUAGAAGAUUCUCUCUUGGUUUUUUCUGUUUGUUUCAUCUUGCUGCCUGAGUAUUAAUGUCCAUCUCUUUACACUGUACUCAUGAAGUUGCUGUUCUAAUACCAGAUAAUUGUGCAGAAUGUUCAUUCUGAAGGAGUUUCCCUUGGGUUAAACACAUUCAAAAAUAAUGAGAAGACAUAACCGUGGAGAAAAAUGUCAAAAAAGCUCUUGAAGUAUUAAUCAAACCAGAACUUCAGUUUUCUCUAGAUGUUGAUGCAUAACUUCACUACAGUUGAUUUUCUUUUCAAGCUGAACUUGCCUACACUUCCAGUGCCAUAUCAGGCCCAAACAGGGACUUUAUCCACAGAAAAAA